CGCGCCUCGGUGCCCCGGAACAGGACACCGAUGAGGGCGCGGCGCCGUGCGCGAGACGUUCCGGAGCUGCUGGCGUUUGCGGCGCGGAGCGGCGGGGAAGGGUUUAGGCGACGGACCGGCGGUGCCAGCUCCUGGUGGCAGCAGGGUCCCCAGACAUCGCCCAGCAGUGACACCUCCACCAUCCUCCCUCGGGAAACAAGAGCUUGGGCUGCAUCUCUGAGUUUAGACCUCCAACCUCAGCAUCUUGAUCUGGUGCCGCCUUUGGGAAGAUGAGUCAGGACAAUUACUCAAGUGAUCAGCCCACGGGCCAGGACCCACUCGAACUGCUGCAAACCCUUCAGCUCCUGUGGACAAAGCAGGAGCUGGGCAAGCUCAAGGAAGAAAUCAGGCGGGGCUUUGCCAGACUGGAGGACCCUUUGGCAGCACUCCUGGCCAUGCUGGAGAGCAGCAGCGACUGGAAGGGGAAAGGGCAUUCCCUGGGGUAUUGCAUCACCACCGAGCUGCAGCUCUGGAUAAAAGCACAUCCUGCUGUCCCACAGUCUGGCACCAAGCUGAAGAAGCUGCAGGCCCGUGUGCUCGGAAUGCUCUCCCAGUGCCCAGCUAAUCUGCUUGACCCCCUGAUUAGCAUUUACCAGCUCCACACAGCAGACCGGAACUAUUUGCUUGAACAUGUCAGUCAUCUUUAUCUCCAGGGCAAUUACAAAGAGGCAGCCAUGCUGAGUAUUAAGCUGAAAUUACAGCCAUAUCAAGAUGUAGAGAAGAUGUGUACCCCACUACUGCUCCAGGAUAAAGCCAACUUGGUGGAAGAAUAUGUGGCAGAAUAUCCCGAGGUCCAGAGGAAGCUCUUGCAGACCCUGGACACAUGGUGUGAGCCCAGCUUCAAUAUCAGGGACAUCAUAAGACCCUAUCAAGGCCUGUCCAAGUGCAAACCCGAAAAAUUGAACCGCAGAGUGCUCAGUAAGCUCAUCUUCAGGCUCCUGGAGAGAUUCAACGUUGACUCAGCUCUCUGCCCUAAUGUCAUAAAUCAACGGCACUUGAGAACCCUGAAUUACCUCUUUUACAAGAGAUUUGUUGAGAAAACCAUGACUGAGGAGAACUGGGCAGACCACAUCCAGAGCACAGUUGGGGAGAACCGGUGGCUGCAGGCACACCUGGUGCAGUCGCUGCUCCGGCACUGCAACGCGCGCGGGGCAGCGCGGUGGGCGCGGCACUGCCGGGUGCCCCCCGAGAUGCUGCCCCAGGCUGUGGCUGAGGAGCUUCAGAAGCUGCACAUCCAGGACAGGGUAGAAGAGGUUACAAAAGCAGAUAAUUAUGAGGCCAGUAAGAAGAAGGACUAUUACCAGCUUCCUAUUCCACGGGAAAAUAUUCACUUUCUGCAGACAUGGGAGGAGACACUGCGGUGCUGGGAGAAGGUGCUGCAGGCUGGGCAGGUCGUUGGUGUGGACAUGGAGUGGAAGCCUUCCUUUGGCAUGGUGGGGAAGCCCCGUGUUGCCCUCCUGCAACUUGCACUGAAGGAUGAGGUGUUCCUGUUGGACCUGCCACGGCUCCUCGAGCAAGCUGAGGCUGAGGGGGCAAAGGAGAAGCUUCCCCAUUUCAUCCAGAUGCUCUAUUCAGAUGCAGCCAUCAUUAAACUAGGUUAUGGGAUGUCUGGAGACCUCAGCAGCCUUGCAGCCACAUGUUCUGCUCUGAAAGACACAGAGAAGCAAAUGCAAGGUGUGGUGGAUCUUCUUGCAGUGGACAAACAACUGCAGUGGGGGAAGGACGGCCGGAAGGUCGAUGGACUGUCCCUGGAGCACAGCCACGAGGAGAGAGGGGUCAGGCAGCCGGAGAGGGGACUGAGCCUCCUGGUGCAGCACGUGCUGGGGAAGCCUCUGGAUAAAACAGAGCAGCUCUCAAACUGGGAGAAGAGGCCACUCCGGGAGGAGCAGAUCCUCUAUGCAGCCUCUGAUGCCUACUGCUUGCUGGAGAUCUAUGAGAGGCUCUGCAAGGACCCUGAGAGCUUCGGUCUGAGUUCAGACCUGACAGAGAGUCUGGUGGGAAAACAGAGCAAAAAACCCAGGGCAAAGAAGCAGCUGAAUAAACAAGAAGCACCAUCACCUUCUGGACAGGAAUUCCAAGGACCCAGAAUGGAGCCCUCACGUCCCCCUGCCCCUAUCUCCCCCCAGGAGUUCAGUGUGGUCUGUGACAACAUGCUGCAGGGCCUGGGGUGCUACCUGCGCUGCCUGGGCGUGGAUGUGCGGCUGCUGGACAAUGAGGAUGACCACAGGAAAGCUGCUGAGAUUGCCCGACAGGAAGGAAGAGUCAUUUUGACCUCUGGACUCCCAUAUCAGACUCUGCGCUCCCAGGUGGGAGAAGGAAGGUGUUUCUCUGUGAACUGCUCCCAGAAGGCGAAGGACCAGGCGCUGCAGGUGCUGAAGCACUUCAACGUGCAGGUGUCCCUGGGUGACAUCUUCAGCCGCUGCCAGGAGCCACAGGAGAAGCGAGAGGCCUUCAGACAAGUUCCAUGCAGGUCCUGUGCUCCAGUGACUGCUGGAGGCACAUGCUGGUGGUGCCAUCCAGCCCAGGACACACUCCCCAUGUCUCCCCUCAUUCCUGGAGGACAUUAAGGUGAUUCAUGUGCGACCUGAAAUAAAACAUGCUCUUGUUAGCAGCCCCACAGUCUGGGACUGAUGCUGCAGAGCUGCAUCCUCCUUCCAGGGCUGCAUGGUGAAGUGUAGUGAGAGUCCUAUGUCUAUAUUGUACUUGAAUAUCUAUAUUGUAUUUGAAUAUAUCUGUUAGUAAUAGAAAAAGGGGAAGUGUAGUGAGAGUCCUAUAUAUUGGAUAAGUGGGUCCUAGCUAUUCUAAAUGAGCUACAGCUGCGAAGUCCUUAGUUGGGCAGCAGCUGUAGCUCGUGAAGGUAACUGGAAUAAAAGGGGUGGGCUGAGAGCCCUGGAGGAGCCCCUGAGAAGCCAUGAGGAGCUGUGCUGCGGAGAAGAGCUACAUGGUAGAAAACCAGCUAGAAGGUAUGGACUUUAGGAAUAUAAUAACAACAGUAUGGGACUCCAGAAAUAUGAUAAUAGCAUCAAGUUAACAACAGUGAAGGCUUCCAGAAUCACCUCCAUGGAGGAAAGUCCCAUCUCCUGGGCUCUCCCCCAGCCACUGUCCCAAGCAUCUUUGUGUAGCCCUUCCCCAUUGCUGUUUUCCCAUGGCAAGAAGUGCCUAGUUCAGAAAGCAUCAGCCCCCAAGCCCUUUGAUCUUUUCUUUCUCAAGAGAAAAAAGAUUAAAACGAGACAAGAAGUUAAGGAUUUGUGAGGGGGAACGGAACAUGAAUAGCAAAUUCUGCCGCGGAGGUCACCUCCCCCCAGCUUUCUUCCUGUGUGAUGGGAGGAGGGAAGGGUGUGGAGCGGGCUGUGGGGGAUCCAGGGAGGAAGGAGUGAAUUGGGGGUGGAGCGGUGGAGCUCUUCAAAAGGAACAAUGCUGCCAGCGCUGGCAUUGUCAGGCGGCCCUUUACAGAGGGCCAUGAAUACAGGUUAUAAAUUCUUUGGCUAUUGAGAGAGCUCUCCAAACCUGACUCCAUCCUGCACUAAACCAGGCCUGAGCCCUAUCAGUUGCAUAGCAAUGAAUUCAUUUACAUCUGGAUAGUUAAUCUCCAAUUCACUUGACAGUUUAUCUCCUCUUGGAAGAGCAGCAGUGCCUGCUCUAUUGUGUUGGAGCCAGUGAGGCUCCUCAGCCAGGCCAGCACCUCUGGUUUGUGCUCAGCAAAGAUAAGCAGGGUGGGUAUUGAUAUGAAACAUGAAAUUAUUGCCCCAAGCUGCUUGAUUCUGGUAUCCUUCCACUCAGCAUCCUCCUUACCUUCACCCUUUGGCUCUCCAGGGUGGAAAUGCCAUGUCCUUCCCUCUGACGUUGUUUCAGUGCAACUGGAGUGUGACUUUUCUGAUGUGACUGGCAUUAGGUGGACAAUUGACAAUCCAGAAUUAUUUCGUUUGUUCUUGUUUACUGCAGUCUCCUAAUUCUGCACGGAUUUUUCUCUCUGAAUACUGUAGGAAAGGAGCUCUGAGAUCGAGUCCAGCUGUUCCCCCAGCACUAAACCAUGUCCCCAGGUGCCACAUCUGCACAUUUUCUGAGCACUGCCAGGACAGUGAUGCCACCACUUCCCUGCACAGAUCCCCCAAGAGGAGCCAAUGCUCUCGUUCAGCGUGGCGUGGCAGAGCAGCUCCCCAGAGAGCUGUGAGCAGCCUGGGAUGUCCUGCAAGGGUGGGAGAGGCAUCAUUCACCCAAAUUCCCACUGAGGGGAGGGGAGCUGGUUUGUGAGCCAAGGCUUUUUGGGUAGCACUAAUUCAACCACUUAUGCCUGGAGGGGUGCUGUGGGACUGCACAUCCAAAGGGGCAGUGAUGAGGAGAGGGAACUUGCUGCUGGGCUGUGUGGGCAUGCAGAGGUGAGCAGAGGGCCUGAUUUGGCAAAUCAACUCACUUUCUGUUUCUGUUGGGAAAAUGGAUCAGGAAAGAAAACCUUGAGGGUCAGGGGACAAAGUUAAGCGUGAGAAUUCCUUGAUUUAUUCAUGGUUUUAAGUCUCCAAUUUUAAUUUCCUGCAUUCAGUAUUUGUAUGUAUUUGAUGUGGUUUGGACAUGAUCUGGAGAAGGGCCACUCUAAUUAAAUAUCCCUCUUCUUUUAUCUGGAGUGGCUACAAAUCUUUAAGUGGGCCUUUUGUUUCCUCAAAUACAGUGCACUCUCCUCUAGUCAUGAGAGCCAUGGUUGAAAGGUUUGCAUGGUUAACACCAAACGGUUAAAAAUGGUGAAAUAAAAAAUUAUGGGAAUUUAAAGUCUAAUACUGAGUUGAGGCAAAGCAACUUUGUCUUUUACUUUUAGUGCUAAACAAUCUUUCAUUUGUGGACCACCAGGAAAAGACAGAACUGUUUUCUUUUCCCAUGAAAGCUCAGGGUUUCCCUGAGUCCCAGUGGUAUGGGAGCUGAAACUGGAAGCAGAGCUCCAAAGACAGGGAGUAGCCCAAUCUGCUGAGCUGUUCCUGCUCUUCUCUCCUCCUCACCUUGCCUCUCCAUGGCAGGAGCUAGAGCCAGGAGGUCACAGAAGUUUUUCAGUGAAGAGCAGCAUCAGGCUGUGGGAGCACUCUGCCCACAGCAGCACUGGGACUGGAUUUCCUGUCUGUGACAGCAAUUGGUUUAAAUAUGGAAGAUUUGGCUCAGCAAUGUGGCCAUCACCAGCUGAUCUUUCUUCAGCAUGAGGCUCCAGCCUGUGCUGGGUCUGCCUGGAUGAUGCCAGCUGGGUGUAUCCUUGAGUUACUUUUGCUUCCUUUCCACGUUAUCCCUAAGAAACCAGUGAGCACCCAGCAGAGGAGGGGGCUCCCCCAGCCUGCAGAGUCAGUCCUGCAUUCCUGGGGAACGCUGCUGCUAGCAGGGCAGUGGCAAUAUGGAGAGUGAAGCACAAGCACGGGGCAAAAAGGCAGAUAAAUUCCCCGUGGAAUUGUAAGCACAAGGUGAUGAAGUCAGAAGGGAGAGUGUACAGAGUCAGGUCUAGCCAGCAAGCUGCAGGGCCCUGACCUGCUUGAGAAGGUGGUCAGAAGACAAAAGUGCUUCUCUGACAGUAAGAGGCCGUGGAAUUUCACAAUAUGAUGGACCAGAAGUGAAGCUGCCCCAGCUUGGCCCAUUUUUCCCUGUCAUUGCCUGCUGUGCCUGGCCUGACAGUGCCAUGGGGCUGCUGCAGCUGGGUUGUGUUUCCCCUUGGAGUCACAGGAGUCCCUAGAAAGGUUUAAGUUAUUGCUGUUAGUAACCUUUGGCAUUUCUUUUUGUCUGCUUCGUCUGAGAUCUGCCCUUUCAGCUCCAGAAGGGAAGAGUUUGGGGCUGGCUGUUCCUGGGGAACAGCACACUGAGAAAUCCUGUGAUGAAUCACUGGGACAGCCCAGGGACCAGCAUGGUGCAUCCUCCGACCACUGGGGAUUUAAUGGCAUUCAGGGUGUGACAGCAAAAUGAGCACUGAUGUGAUUAACCCUGAAAAUCUGUGGGGAGAUGCUGUGUUUGGUAAAUAAAUUAAAGGAUCUGAAAAAGCAACAUCCUGUUUCAAAUCAUGAAAAAGACUUCUUCCUACAGAACCGAGAAAGGGUUGUGGGUUUUUAUGUUUCGUCCGUGUGCUGUUUUUUGUGCUUAGGUGGAAGAGUGAGGAAUCAUUCCUUCCCAUGGAGUUCACCCCCCACUCUGCCUUCACAGGUCCGUGUCAAAAUGUUUAAAGGCCUUUUUAUUGUUCCUUGGUGUAGAAACAAAUUUCUGUUUCUUGUGUCAGAGCCUGGUGACCCCCAGCCAUCUCUCCACAGGAAAGAUGUCAUCUAUCUUCCUUAUCUGCUCUGUGGUUUUUGUUUUUAAAAUAGCCUAACAUGACUUGAUUUUACUCUUGUGCAUAUGUUAAAAUGAAA